UAUACUGCCCAUACAAAACGCUCUUCUAGGUUUUAGCGCUUUUAGUUAGUCAACAGAUGGCAUGAUAUUCAAAAUGGCCGCUGUUAGACUCAAAGCCGGCAUCCUCCAGUCCUGGUUUCGGUACAUACCAUCCAGGACGAGCUCCAACAUAGCCUUUGUGUCCAGGGUUAAGAGGCAUACAUACAUGAGGAUGUAUCCAACAGUAUUAGUACAGCCAGACGGAUCGACAAUUACAAUACGACAUCAUGAACCAAGGCAGAUCAUAAAGUUGCCACUGAAAUUUGAAGACUUGACCCCUGAAGAACAGAAGAUUGUCCUGAUCAAAAGAAAGCCCAUCGAGAAAGUAGUCGUGGAAGAAGAAAUAGAAGACGAUUUUGACAGUCGCAAGUACUUAAAGUACAUCAAGAAAUAGGCAUGUAGAACAUGUUAGUUUAUUGUAAGAAUCCUGCGUUAAAAACAA